UGGGUGGUGCGCCGUCUCGUGGAGAGCAGUCAGGAGGUUUUCCAGCUCUGGGAUUUAUGGCUCGCAGCUGUUGAGUGGCUGACAGACGUGUGAGGAGCUCGAGCCUCUUCAAGCUGCUGCAGAUCUGCUCGGCCCACACUGAAAAAGGACUGCCGUGCCUCAACGCCAACAGAUGGUACGGGAGCAGUAUGUCAGCGCCACCGAGGGCAGCAGCUCGGCCGGGCCGCUGCCUGACUACAUCUACAAGAUCGGCAUCUACGGCUGGAGGAAACGGUUUCUUUAUCUGUUUGUGCUGCUGCUCAUCGUCAUCCUGGUGGUUAACUUCGCCCUCACCAUCUGGAUCCUCCGGGUGAUGUGGUUCAACACGGACGGGAUGGGACUCCUACAAGUUCACUCUAAAGGGGUCAAGCUGGAAGAAGGCGAGUCAGAGUUUCUGUUUCCACUCUACGCUCAGGGGAUUCACUCCAGAGAAGAGUCUUCACUCCUUGUGCACUCAUCAGAAAAUGUUUCUCUCAACGCCCGUGAUGAAAAUGGAAACGUUACAGGACGGAUAUCUGUGGGUCCAAAAGAAGCUCAGGGACACACUCGAGAUCUGCUCAUUAACUCCCACAACGACCACAUGCUGUUCAGUGCAGACGGCGAGCACUCUGUGAUUGGGCCGGACAAACUUCGAGUUACAGGUCCUGAAGGAGCUCUGUUCCAGCACUCAGUGGAGGUUCCUCUACUGAAAUCAGAACCUUUCACAGACUUGAAGUUGGAGUGUCCUACACGCUCUGUGAGUUUGGACGCACCCAAAGGAGUUCAUAUCAAAGCUCUGGCUGGAAACAUUGAAGCUGCUUCCAAUAUGGACGUUAUCCUCCAGUCAAGUGAGGGUCUGCUGGUGCUGGAUGCAGAGACCGUGCGUAUGCCCAGCCUGCCCCUGAGCAAGGAGGGGGUUUCUGGCUACGCUCAGGGUCUCUACGAGGUCUGCGUCUGUCCCAGUGGAAAGCUAUUUCUAUCCAAGGCCGGAAGAACUUCCACUUGCAUCGAUUAUCACGACUGCUAGACUCUGACAAGGCCGUCGACGUUUCAUCUCUCUGAGGAUCACCCUUCUGGGACGCAACAAGCACAACUGUUCAUACGUUUGUCUUUUUCUGACGUUUUUAUACCACAAAGGAUCUGCAAUAAUCUCACCAGCACACUAAGGCUGGUAAUAUUAUAACUGCCUGCUGACGUACAUGUCAAGAUGCCCUGGAACAUUAUUUUACUGUUGCAUUUGUGAACAUCUAACUAGUCAUCUGAAUCAACAUCGAUAUAUUGUAAAUUCAUGUUUUUCGUUUCUUUACACAUGCAGUAACAUGGCUGGGCAAUGAGGGGCUGGUAACAGCUUACAUCCUAUGCAAUAUUAUCUUGUGGUGCAAUAAAUGAUGCUGACACAUAUGAAGGACUUGGAAAACCAAAACACUUGAAAGAAAGGAAGAAAUGUUUCUUAGAAAUGGUUUAUGCAAAUCUUUCUGCAAGAUUCCGAGCCCUUGGUAUGUGAUUUUUGUUUUUCUUUAAUUGUUGUUUAGCGUAUUUUCAUUUUAAAAUGGUUUUUACCAAGACUAAUCCAAAUGCAGCAUUAAUGCAGUAUCUCACUGGGCUGCUACUGUUGGUAAUUAUAUUAGCUGGAGAUAAAACUACGAGAAAAAUUGCACAUUUUCACUUGGAAGCACAUUUAUUCAGCACGUUUCUGUGCUUCAGAUUCAGUUUAUUAUUGCCAUUGUCAAUGAACAGGAUUCACAGACUAGGAACUUGCUUCGGCAUAAAGGUGCAAAUAAAAUAUAAAAAAAAAUAAAAAAUAAAACAUAUGAACACCAACCAAUACACUCUUCGCACAAAUGUUGCACGAUCUCCUGAUAAAAUUUGAGCUCCUAAACACAGAGUAAUUAUCAAACCACUGUUGCAUGACAAACCCCCCACCCCCCCCCCCCAAAAAAAAAAAACUCAACAGUUGGAAGAAUGUUGUGCAACAGUGGUGCAAUAGUUUUGUGCGACAACUGAGGUGCCUCUCUUCAGACCAGCAACUGUUUUGUCAUCAGAUAUAAAGCAAUACAAACGUCAGAGAAGAAGUGCAGAAACUGCUGGAUGGGUCCCACAGCUGGAUGAGGACCAGGCUGACAUGCUAAAAGCUGCAGCAGGUCUGCGGUCAGUGGUGCUCGUAAUGUCCGUUUAUCACUGACCCCAUCACCCUGACAGUGAAAUCCAUCCUUACCCAUCGGACUGCGUUCAAACUGGUUUAAUUACAUAUGUGAAUGGCCUAAUUGCAUAUUGAAAUUUUUUCACUCAAAUCACCUUGGGAGGUUGUCUGGACCCGUUUAAUCUGCCUGCUUUAGUAUUUUGAAUGCAAUCUGUCCUGAGCCCUACUCUGAGCCGACAGGACAAGGAUUUUAUUAAUCAGAGGGCAUUACCAGCACAAGUGUUACCCUUUAGUUUACAGUUUGUUCUCAUUGUUUUUAGAGCUGAGUGGCCCCCCUGUGGUCAUCGUAUGCUGCAGUGUGCUGUGUCAGACAUAGAACAAUCAGCAUUAUGUUGCUUUGUGUUUCUAACUGAGCAGUUUCGUUCCCAGUGAAUCAGUAAAAUAUUUUCUGCUGCCAGCACACUGUGCUUCACUGUGGUGAUUUUUUGGGGGGAAUCUUCAGUCUUUGUUCUGAGAAUGACCUCUGUGAAGUCACUGCAUUAUAUUUCUACCAUUUUGUGCCUUGAACAUCUACGUUUACCUGGACAGAAGUAAUCAGAUUAAACGGCCAUUCGAA